AUGCCGAGGGUUGCGAACCCGGUACUGAUACAAUCGCUAACGUUCGCUCGACUAUAUAAGCGCUGCUGCGGCCGAGACGCCGACCCUAUACUAGAUCGAGACGGAAGUAUUGUGCUACUAGGGCUGUUUGAAUGGCUGGGGGAGGAUUUCGACGGGAAUCACCUAGGUAGCCUACGGCAUCUGAUUAUAGAGGAAUUCAAUAUAUACGACUGGUAUUACCUAGCCCGCCCGUCCAAACCUCGUAUUAGCUGGGCUAGGAAUAUGUGGUUUAGCUUAUAUUAUUCCCCUACUAUACCAAACGGAUAUACCCCGGAGAACGUACCUUCUUUCGCUAUAUUGACGUUAAUAUUAUCGACUUUGUCCGUAGUGGGCGGGGGGUUAAUGCGCUCUAAGGGAGUCUCGCUCUCUCCGACGAGGAUAGCGGCAACUGCACCGAGUUACUCCUAG